AUGGUGUUUCUUCAGCCAAGAACUUCCAUAUUGUUAUUCCUCAUGAUACUUGAAUUUAUUUCUUCCAAUGAAAUGAAGCCAACACUGUUUUCUAAUCUGCGGUUUGUUGAGCCAAAAGCAAAAACUGAUUUGUCUCUGAUUCAGUUUGAGUUAGUAGAUUUAGCUUCGAAUGAUGACAUCAGGUCGAAGUCUUCAAUACCUUUUAUAUCUUCAGUAGCCGUUACAGGGGAACAGCCAAAAGAAAGUGGAGAUAAUCUCCGCAUUCAACAAGAGCUUGAUGAUCUUUUUUCUCCAAAAGUCCCCUUCUCGGAUGAGUCACUUUUUGACGGAUACCUCAAUUUCUCAAUUUGCAACUGCACUGAGGGUAACUGCACUCUCAACAAGACGUGCGGAGAUGAAAAUUUACCUCAUGCACCUGUCUUCGAAUACCACACAUUAACAAAAGUCGUAGUUCUGCUCUUGAUCGCUGCAACAUCAUUCGUCGGCAACGUAGCAACUUUAACUUCUAUUGUUCGAACUAGUCGCCAAAGUACUUCGACAGUAUAUAUGUUGCUUUUGCAGUUGACGGUAGCUGAUCUGUUGGUGACAAUAUUCUGCAUAUUGGCCGAAGCAAUCUGGACGCUCUCCGUGCAGUGGUAUGGUGGAAAUUUCUUGUGCAAAGCUGUGAAAUUUGUGCAAAUGUUUUCGCUCUACCUCUCAACUUUCAUCCUUGUACUAAUCGGUUUUGACCGGCUGUGUGCUGUGCGUUUCCCAAUGAGGAGGGCUCAUGCUAGACACCACGUAAAACGAGGCAUAAUAUUUGUAUGGGCUCUUAGUGCUGCGUUCAGUUUACCGCAGGUAUUUGUAUUUAGUGUCAUGCGAGGUCCUUUCCAAGAGGAGUUUUACCAGUGUGUAACUUACGCAUUCUACACAGCUCAGUGGCAAGAACAACUCUACACAACUCUCAGCCUUAUUUUAAUGUUUCUGCUGCCACUCAUCAUUCUCAUCACCACAUACAUCACCACUUUUCGCACCAUUGCAAGCCAAGAGAAGAUGUUUUCAGAGAGGCUCUCUCGUUCGGCGAUUGACAACGCUCGCCAAAAGAUCCUCCACAAGGCAAAAAUUAAAUCUCUGAUGAUCACAGUGGUGAUUGUCCUCACGUUUGUAGUCUGCUGGACCCCAUACUACGUCACGAUGAUUAUCUUUAUAUUCCUCGAGCCUGACGAGCAGCUAAGCCAGGACUUGCAAGCGGCAAUCUUCUUCUUUGGAAGUUCAACAGCUAUGCUAAACCCCCUGAUAUACGGCGCAUUCCAUCUACGUCCCUCCAGGAAAUCCAGAUCUUCAAAGUCCACAUCAAUUUUGAACAACAGCAGUUCUUCAAGAGUCGACAAUUCUAUGAUGAUGACUCUUAGAAGGAGUCAAGCCACCAGGAAAAGCAGAGAGGAGGCUGUCUAUCUGCAUCAUUUAAAUGGUACAGAACGGUCCUCUGCGCUAGAGUCUAAUAGCGCGUAUGCUGAUACAGACAUUGAUAGAACUUAUCCUCAUCAGCUUUUGUCUCGAAAAUAA